AGGGAGCCUGAACGCCUCGCGGCUGUGACGGUGUCGGGUUUCAGCGGAGUGGGCGGGGCCUCGGGUUGCUCAAUAUGGCUGCGCCCUGCCUCGAACAACAAGUCUGAAAGGUGUCGAUGAUGUCCAGGGAGCAGAGCAGCAGUGUGAGUGUGGGGGAGCUGCUGCUGCUGCUGGACUCUGCAGACCUGCAGCAGCUGGAGCAGAUCAGGACCACGGUGAACCAGCAGCUCAGCACCGACAGAGGAGGCGCUGUUCUGUCCAGUCUGGUUGAACACUACCUGGACUCGUCCUCCUCCCAGGCAGCGCUGAUCCUCUCCUCCAUCAGGGAGCCGCACCACAAGCCUCUGCUGGAGAAGCUGAAUGAGGUGCUGAGCCGGGCGGGCAGCCGGCUGGCCUGCCUCACCCUGCUGGGUCACCUGGUGAGGAAGCAGCCCCCGUGGGUGCACCAGAUCAGCCGCUUCCCCCUGCUGUCCUCGCUGCUCAGGUGCCUUAAGACGGACAGCGACGUGGUCGUUCUGAUCACGGGCGUUCUGGUCCUCAUCACGCUGCUUCCCAUGAUCCCUCAGGCCGGCAAGCAGCACAUCUACGACUUCUUUGAUGUGUUCGGACGCCUGGCCUCCUGGAGCCUUAAAAACCCCGGUCAGGUUCAUGGGGUUUACCUGGUCCACCUGCAUGCCAGCGUCUACUCACUGUUCCACCGGCUGUACGGGAUGUUCCCCUGCAACUUCAUCUCCUACCUCCGCCUCCACUAUAGCAUGAAGGAGAACCUGGACACCUUCCAGGAGGUUGUCAAGCCCAUGUUGGAGCAGGUGAGGGUUCACCCCGAGCUCAUCACGGGGACGCAGGACUACGAGCUGGAGCCGUCCAGGUGGAAGUGCUAUGAGGUCCAUGACAUUGUGAUUGAAUGUGCCAAAGUGUGUCUGGAUCCUCGGGAGUCGUCGUGUGAGGAGGGUUACUCCUCGCUGCCUGACCCCGCCUCCUCCUCCUGCUGCCCCGCCUCCUGCUGCUGCUCCUCCCCCAGGCCCCUCCUCCUCUCCUCCCCCCUCCCCCACCUGGACCUCACCGGAAGUUCAGUGUGCACGCCUCUGACUGGACACGCCCCCCUGUCUCUCUCUCUGCCUCACCUGGCUGGAAACAGCUCCUUCAUACAGGCUGACGAUGUCACGUGGAGCCCCUCCUCAGAGUGCGGUUUGGCCACUCCCCCUCCAGAACCCUUGCAAGGCUCCGCCCACCCGUUGAGCAGGACCACCUCCCUGUCAGCUGUGAAAUGUCCCUCAUCAGCCACCAUCCUGCUGAGAGCCAAGAUGGCAGCAACAGCCAGCCCAGGCAGCAGCCAAUGGCAGAGCCAGAGGGAUCGGCGAGUCAGCCAAUCACAGAGGAGGGAGGCCAUCAUGAUAUCAUCAUCAGCAACAACAAAGGUCAGCUCGUCCACUGUCUCUGUGGAGAGAAUUAGACAUGAUCACGUGCUUCUGAAUUAUUUUGAGAGAUUAAACAGGUUUGACAUGAGGAUGCAGUGUGUGUGUCUGUCUGAGCUGCAGCUUCAUUACCAGCAUCUGCCUCCAGAGGAGUUACUGAAGCCUUCCUCCUCCUCCUCCUCCUCCCCUCUCCUCCUGGCCUCCACUCCCAGCCGUGCUGCUGAGUCAUCGUUGGGUUCAGCCAAUCCGCAGCUGCCUUACUCCUUCAGCCCCACCCACCACACUCCCUACAGGCUGGAGGAGGGAGGCCCCGCCCUCUUCAGUCCUUCACACUCGGACCCUGGCCCCGCCCCUCCGUACGAGCCUCUGUUCCAGCUCGCCCUGCCCCGAGCCGCCUCACUCUUCAUGGAGAGGAAGACCCAGGAGGUAUCUCAGCGGGACGGAGGAGCAGAGCGGGAGGACCGGGAGGAGGAGCAGAGCCGCCUGUCUCCUCUGGAGCUGCUCGAUCGCCUCAUCGUCCACGGACAUGAAGCCCAUGACAAGCUCAGCAGGAGGCUGUCUGGGCCCAUCAACUGGAGUCAUUUUGGAGGUAAACAGCAGAGCAUGAAAACCAAAGGCUCCGCCCAGGGGGAGGAGCUCCAGGCGGCGAGGAGUGAGUUGCUGCUGCUGUUCAGUCAGCUGCAGUACGAGCGCUUCAAGAGGCAGCAGCACGCCGUCAGGAACCGCCGGCUGCUGCGCCGGAUCAUCAACGCCACCGCGCUGGAGGAGCACAACGUCGCCAUGAAGGCCCAGUUGCAGCUGCAGGAGGCGGAGCUUCAGGCCCUCAGGGGCAGCCUGGCAGAGGAGCAGCGCCGCUACACACACCUGCAGCAGGACACACACACACACACCACACAGCUGCAGACACACAUCCAACAGCUGCUGCUGCAGCUGCAGGAGGAACGCAGCCGGAGCCAGGGCCUGCAGAGUGAGCUGCAUGAGUGUCAGAACAGGUUGGGAGACGUGGAGGCGGAGCUUAAAAAAGCCAAUAACAAGGCUUACGACGCCGAGCACCAGCUCACACAGCUGUCACUCAAGCUGUCCAGCAGUGAGCAGCUGCAGGAGCAGAUCUUCCUGCUGAACAAACAGCUUCUGCUGCUGAGAGAAACCAACCGAGUGUUAACACAGCAGCUGGAGAGAGGAGACACACAGCACAGCACGGAGGUGUCCAUGCUGCAGUGCAGUGUGGGUAGGGAGCACCAGCGGCUCAAGGACAGCGAGCAGCAGCAGAAACAGAAACUGGAGGCAGCCGGUCACCGGAUCACAGAGCUGGAGAGCCAGCUGGGCCGCAGGGAUCAGCUGAUCCUGGAACAGAAGAGACUGCUGGAGGAGAGCAAGGCCCAGAGCAGGGCCCAGCUGUCGGCCUGUGAGAGUCGCUGUGUCGCCCUCAGGAGAGUCGCCCAGGCUCUGCAGACUGAGAUGCUGCAGCUCUACAGCAAGAUCGACCUGGACACACACUCACACACACACUCACACACACACACACACUCACACACACACACACUCUCACAGCCACAGGAGGCGUCCGGCCCCGCCCAGGCCUGCAGCAUCAACAGGCCGAACGGCAGCAGCAUCGCCAUGCCGGCCGCUGAGGGCAGCUGUUUCCUCGGCAACAAGCCCCGCCCCUUGUCUUCCUCGUCUGUCGGCAUCAUCAACGGAGGCGUGGAGCCGCUGUCCUCCUCCCCGCUGCACCUCCUGUGCUCCUCCUCGCCCGUCGACUCCCCGCUGGCCGUGGGCUCCUUCCUGGAGCAGAGGGCCCGCCAGCUGUUUGGCCCCAGCCACAGCCAGGAGGGGGAGGAGGGGGAGGAGCAGGGGGAGGAGGCCCAGGCUGGAAGCCCCUCUGAGGGCCACGAGGCGGAGGAGGUGAGGGAGGAGGAGGAGGUGGAGGUGGAGGAGGAAGAGGAGGAGGCGGUGCCGGAUGCCGAGCCUCCCAGCCCGACCACACCCUCAGACCGCUCCCGAAGCCCCGCCCCCGAGACCCCGAGCCAGGCGGCACGCCACCGCCGGCAGGAGCUGAGCAUCAUGGACUACGACGAGACGCUGCCGGAGUACUGAGGGGAGGGAGUGUGUGUGUGUGUGUGUGUGUGUGUGUGUGUGUGUGUGGCAGGGAGCGACACACUGCAGCACAAACACACCUGCACAGUAAAGGCCCGUUCACACACAUUUAGUAAACACACACAUUUGUUUUCUCACCAAAACGCUGAGGUUACUUCCUGCUGUCGUCAGCAGCGUCUCAGUGUGUGUGUGUGUGUGUGUGUGUGUGUGUCCUGUCAGAGGGACGCUUGGGGUCAAACUGUCCGGUUGUCUAUCAACGCUGAAUAUUCCCACCGGCUCUGAACGGGUCUUCAUGCUGCAGCUAGCUGGCUAACCAGGCUAGCAGCAGGAGGGUGUGUUUGUUUGGUC